AUGUCUCCUCCCCCUGCGGCUUCUCCCCCCUUCUCCCACGCAGCCAGCCUCGCCCACUACGAGACCAAAAACUCUUUCGAGCUCAUGGUACUGGCAAAGCUGCGUUGCAUUUCUGACGCGGGUGAGAACCAGGAGAUUAUCGCGCGGCUGAUGGCGCAGGAUAGGGAGAAUGGGACGUGGCCUGGGAAGUACGAGGAGGCUGUGACGGAGACCAAUGUCGUGGCUGAGAAGAAGGAUGGGGAAGAGGUAGGUGUAGCACCGGUGGUGGGGGCCUUGGGGAAGGAAGAGAUGACGCCUGAGGCUGGAGUUGGUGGUGAGGAAAGGGCGGAUCACGUGCCUACUGCGAUUUUCCCCGAAGACAGACGCGGUCGUGCUGCGACUGCCAGCACCACUGCGACUAGCACGAGGAGCAGAAGUCCGAUAAUCCCCUUAUCACAAUUGGCACAAGAGUGGGAUCAGGAUUGGGGUGCACCUUUCGCUUUCCCUCUCGCCGCUACCACCGGCUCGAAACCCCAAGCCAAACCCGUGACUCCAUCCGAGUCUGUCUCCAGUGGCUCGAAGUCACCCGCCACGCCUACCUCCCCCAUCUCGCAAGCCUCUCGCACGUCCCUGGCAACUCCUGCCUCGUCCCCUCCAACCAUCCCGGCUUCGUUGAAGUCGAAUCCAUAUAACCUUCUCAUGGGGGAUGAGCAGGAUGAUGAAGAAGGAGAUGAAGAAGAAGAAGAAGAAGAAGAAGAGGACGAGAACGAGGGCCUCAUCACCCCCUUGAAGAUGUACACGGAGAAGGCCAGGGCUGCCGCCGAGUCUACAAGGGCUGAGGUCACGUAUGCGGCGACGUUCAGUAAGGAUACUGCCGCCGCUCCUACGGAGCAGCGUGAGAACCUCCCGGCUCCCGAUUUGUUGGCCAGUUUCGAGCCGUCUGCUGAGGUUAUGUCGGCGCCUGGGGGGGAUGUGCUUCCUGAGUCUCCUGUUGUUGUGAGGGACUUUGGUGCUGUGAUCUCGUCUUCGCAGUCAUCUUCACCUGAAGAGGCAGCGCACAAGGCCGACGUAGUCGCCUUCUACAACAUGCCUUCCCCCUCGCCCGUUCAACCAGCCACGUCAACGAAAAACAUGCCUGUUCAGACCUUCAUGAGCGCUCCCCCAUCCCCACCGUCAUCGCCACCACAGCACACUCACACUGUGCCGUCCUCUCCCGCGCCCACCAAAACGAUUCACCAGCCGCGCAACGAGAAGCGCAAACAAGACAAGGUCGCCGCGCCCUCGAAUAUGUAUGACGUCCUGAUCACUGACGACCCCGUCGACGCUGAUGACACCGCUUCUGCCCCCGUUGACACUGAUGAUGAACGUGAUGGCGAUAGCGACGUAGAGACCGCUGCUGCCUCGAACGCACAGAAGAAGAAGAACAGGCGGCGUGGGAAGAAGGGUGGGAAGAAGGUGCAGGCGAUGAAGCAUAAGGUGGAGCAGGCUGUGCAGGUUCCUGUUGUUGUUGCGCCUAUUCUCCAGCAGUCGGUCGCGAUGACGGCGAAAGUGGGGAAGAAGAUGGAGAUGUCGCAUGCGCUGGGUGUUGCGGCGAUUGUCAUGAUUUUAGUUGCGCUCUUGGGUGCUCGGGUUCUAGGGUAG